CUGCCCGGCCAUGGCCGCGGACGAGGCGCUGCCGUCGGCCGAGCAGUACCAGGCGGAGAUCGCGCGGCUGAGCCGGGAGCUGAGCGAGACGACGCACGAGAAGAUCCAGGCGGCCGAGUACGGGCUGGUGGUGCUGGAGGAGAAGCUGGCGCUCAAGCAGCGCUACGACGAGCUGGAGGCCGACUGCGACGCGCUCCGGAGCGAGCUGGCCCAGCUGCGGGAGGCCUUCGGCCAGUCCUUCUCGGUCCACCGCAAAGUUGCCGAGGAUGGCGAGACGCGGGAGGAGACGCUGCUGCAGGAGUCGGCGUCCAAGGAGGCCUACUACCUCGGCAAGAUCCUGGACAUGCAGGCAGAGCUGAAGCAGAGCCGCGCCGCCGUCAGCAACGCGCAGGCCGAGAGUGAGCGGCUGGCGGCCCUGGCGCAGGACCUGAGGGAGAGCAACGAGAUGGUGGAGCUGCAGAGGGUCCGCAUGAAGGAGGAGAUCCGCGAGUACAAGUUCCGGGAGGCCCGGCUGCUGCAGGACUACACGGAGCUGGAGGAGGAGAACAUCACGCUGCAGAAGCUCGUGUCCACCCUGAAGCAGAACCAGGUGGAGUACGAGGGCCUGAAGCACGAGAUCAAGCGGUCGGAGGAGGAGGCGGCGCUGCUCAACAGCCAGCUGGAGGACGCGCUGCGGCUGAAGGAGAUCGCGGAGCAGCAGCUGGAGGAGGCGCUGGAGACGCUGCGCGUCGAGCGGGAGCAGAAGAACUGCCUGCGCAAGGAGCUGGCGCAGCACGUGACGCUCGGCGACCACCCGCUCAGCCUGGCCGUGGACGGGCUCAAGCUGGCCGAGGAGGGCGGGGAGCCCAACAACGACGAGCAGCUCAACGGGCACCUGCACGGGCCCCUGAAGCUGCCCGGCGACUACCGGGCGCCCUCGCUGCGGAAGGCCGAGUCCCUGCUCAGCGAGCUCAACAUCUCCGAGAUCCAGAAGCUGAAGCAGCAGCUGGUGCAGGUGGAGCGGGAGAAGGCCACCCUGCUGGCCAGCCUGCAGGAGUCGCAGACGCAGCUGGAGCACACCAAGGGCGCGCUGACGGAGCAGCACGCACGCGUGCACCGGCUCACGGAACACGUCAACGCCAUGCGGGGCCUGCGCGGCGAGCCCCGGCCCGAGCCGGACGGGGAGAAGGGCCAGGAGCCGGACGGGGAGGCCCACGACUACGAGGUGGACAUCCACGGCCUCGAGGUCCUGGAGUGCAAGUACCGGGUGGCCGUGACCGAGGUCAUCGGCCUCAAGGCCGAGAUCAAGGCGCUGAAGGAGAAGUACAACCAGGCGCUGGAGGCCUUCAGCGAGGAGAAGAGCCGCUACGAGGGCCGCGUGCAGCGCUACGCCGAGCAGGUGAGCGGCCUGGAGAAGGCGGCCCGGGACAGCGGGGACAAGGCCGAGCGGGCCGAGCGGGAGCUGCAGCGGGUCAGCGGCCUGGCCAGCGAGAGCCACGGCACGCUGAGCGCAGCCCAGGACGAGCUGGUGGCGUUCAGCGAGGAGCUGGCGCAGCUCUAUCACCACGUGUGCCUGUGCAACAACGAGACGCCCAACCGGGUCAUGCUUGACUACUACCGCCAGAGCCGGGCCACCCGCAGCGGCAGCCUCAAGGGCCCCGACGACCCCCGGGCGCUGCUCUCCCCCCGCCCGGCCCGGCGCGCCGCUGCCGCCCCCGCCGCCCCCGCCACGGACACGCCGAGCCCCGCCGCCGCCGAGGCGGCCCCCGGGGAGGGCGCGGAGCCCGCCAGGACGCCCAGCGUCUCCCCGGUGAUCACCGCCCCGCCCUCCUCGCCCGUGCUGGACUCCAGCGACCUGCGCCGGGAGCCCAUGAACAUUCACAACCUGCACGCCAUCGUGCGCGACCAGAUCCGGCACCUGCAGAAGGCCGUGGACCGCUCGCUGCAGCUGUCCCGGCAGCGGGCGGCCGCGCGGGAGCUGGCGCCCGUGGCCGACAAGGACAAGGAGGCCCUGAUGGAGGAGCUGCUGAAGCUCAAGGCCCUGCUGAGCACCAAGCGCGAGCAGAUCGCCACGCUGCGGGCCGUGCUGAAGGCCAACAAGCAGACGGCCGAGGUGGCCCUCGCCAACCUCAAGAACAAGUACGAGAACGAGAAGGCCAUGGUGACGGAGACCAUGACGAAACUCCGGAACGAGCUGAAGGCCCUGAAGGAAGACGCCGCCACCUUCUCCUCGCUGAGGGCCAUGUUCGCAACAAGAUGUGACGAGUACGUGACGCAGCUGGACGAGAUGCAGAGGCAGCUGGCGGCGGCCGAGGACGAGAAGAAGACGCUGAACACGCUGCUGCGGAUGGCCAUCCAGCAGAAACUGGCCCUCACGCAGCGGCUGGAGGACCUGGAGUUCGACCACGAGCAGUCGAGGCGCAGCAAAGGCAGAGUGGGGAGGAGCCGGCUCGGAAGCCCGAAAAGCCGUCCCGGGACCGCGGGGGCCUCCUACCGCCCGAGUUUAUUAAGAGGGCCCCCCGCCCCCACGUCCACAGACCCACUGCCCAGGGGCCCUCCCCGGAGCCAGCUCCUCCAAGGGCGUCGGCUCGGCACGGAAAAAUGCUUAACCGUGGCGCCAGCAGUUUCUCCUAGAUUGUCAGCAGCCUGCUGCCCCCGUACCGCAACAGUGCACACAGCUAGCCGGGAGCCCCGCCUGCCCGCCCCACAGUGCUGAGCCCCGCGAGGAGCCCCGGCCCCGGCCACCCUGUGCCACCCUCCGCUGCCUCCAGGCCUCCUCGCCCCUCGCCUCGCCGCCGCCACUGCCGCGGGCCGC